UGGCAGCACAUGAGACAGCCAGGGUAACAGGUGUGUAGGACGCUAUUUUAUUACUUACCUGCCGCAGGUGACUAUGGUACAAGUCUAACAAACUAACUGACGAACUGAAGCGAAACAAGUCACAGUUGACAAAACCCAGGGCCUCCUGUAACACCACACAGCACUGCGGACAGAGAGAAAGAGGGUGUAAGUCAGCUGAUGUUGGGGCCAUGGGAUAACUGAGUGGGGUCCUUCAUCAGCCCUGAGAGGUGUCCACAGCUCUGCCUGACUGAAACGCCAGUCAUUGAAUAACCCAAUCCCAUCCAACAUGAAGUCAGAGGCGAAGAAAGCUGCCAAGAUCCUCAGAGAGUUUACUGAGAUCUCCAACCGCACCGGGCCUGACAAACUCAUCCCAGCCAAUAUAUUAGCGAAGUGUCAGGGCCUGGCCAUCAUCACAGUGAUCAAGGCAGGCUUCAUGAUCACAGCUCGAGGCGGCAGCGGUAUCGUCAUCGCUAGACUGGCUGACGGACGUUGGUCUGCUCCCUCUGCCAUUGGUAUAGCUGGUCUGGGCGGUGGCUUUGAGAUUGGAGUUGAGGUAUCAGACCUGGUGGUGAUUCUGAUGCAGCGCAGGGCGGUGGAUUCUUUCUCUAAAGGAGGGAACCUCACUCUGGGGGGCAACUGUACUGUGGCGGUAGGACCGAUGGGGAGGAACGUGGAGGCUGAUGUAGCGCUACGUAGUACAGCAGCAGUGUUUACUUACUGUAAGUCCAGAGGGCUGUUUGCUGGAGUCUCUCUGGAGGGAUCCUGCCUCAUAGAACGCAAAGACACCAACCGCAAGUUCUACUCCCAGGACAUCCGUGCGUCGGCCAUAUUGAAUGGAGAUGUAGAGCCUCCCCCAGAAGCUGAUGACCUGUACUGUGUCCUGGAGAGCUACACAGAUAAAUACACUACUGAGUGGACAGCCAAACACCUGGCCCAGAAGGCCAGUGGUCCUCCAGCUAGACCCCGAGCUCCUGCCACACAGAGACCUGCUAGCACAUACAGGACAGAGGCAGUGAAGCCCUCCCUCUAUCCAAGCAUCUCUGCCUUCAAAUCUGGCAGCACAGAAUCAUAUAAGAGAAGUCCAAGUAGCACAAGGACAGUCCAAAACGAUUACGGUGGGGUGGGGCCGUGGGACGCGGGACCUGUAGUCGUCACAGCGGUACACCCGUUCACAGGGCAACAGCCUGGCGACCUGAGCUUCAACCCUGGCGACCGCAUCACUGUGGUUACCAAGACAGAGUCACAGUAUGACUGGUGGGAGGGAACGCUUAACGGACAGACCGGAAUCUUCCCCGCUAACUUCGUCUCCUACCCCUGAACACACACACACACACACACACACACACACACACACACACACACACACACACACACACGGACACUUAUAUUGCUGGGAGUAAUGUUUUCAACACACUACAGGGACACAUGAUGACACUGAGGAAAUGCACCCACACUCUCUAACACUCUAACACACUCUCCACAAUGUUCAAGACUCACACUAACUGACUCUGAUUACUACAGUUCAGGGGCAGGUCUUCCUAUUGGACGGUAUGGGUAGCCACGCUGUCUUCCUAUUGGAUCGUUCCUACCUGAACUAUACUCUUUGGCUCGCUAUAGUCCAGUUCACUAAAGUCAGCCUGCUUUUUGAAGCCAAACCGUUCAAAACGGGGAGGGACCUACCUGAAUUUGUCCAAUAGAAAAUCUUGUUUUUGUUACAAAACGUUUUGCUACAGUGUUUUGACUAUUGAAUACACCCCAGAUGUUACCAGCCAGCUCUGUACACUUCUAGAGAGCCGAACCAUGCUGGAAAGGGUGAUGUAGAAAAGACAAUAUCCGAGCCAGUGCAGUACAGUUUGGGUCGGCAAGAUUGUGUGAAUAAGGUACCAGUUUUAGAACAUUGAACAGAAGAACACUAAAGAAAGGUCAUGUGACGCUGUACACUGUUUUUAUAUUCUCAUUAUUUUAUAUACUGUACGUCAAGUCACAAAUUGGCUGGCUUGACAAGGGGGUUUAUUUAACAUAUUACAAUGAAGUCAAUAGAUUAUUUUAUUUUUUUGUUUCUAUAAAAUGCAUUAGAUUUAUUGGGGAAAUCUGUAACUGCUUGUUUUAUGUUCUGAAUUAAAGUUUCUGGGAUUAUGUGCAGUAUUUUCUCCGUACUGCCGUUUUGUAUGAUGCUGGAUCAAAGUAUUUAAUAUAAAAUAAUCUAUUUUAUCUUAACAUCUGUAUGUAAUGAUGAUUUGUACGGAUUUCUCUUUGAAUGUGUGUGGAUAUGUAUUAAAGAACCUAGUAGAAGACUGUAA